AACGCGGGCCUGGCGGAUCGCAGCAGCCUUCGGCGACCGCGAGAGGACCGGGAGCCGCUGGGACCCCGGCUGCGCGCCUCUCGGCCUGGUCGGGAGCUGCGCCAGUCGGAGCCCCGGGCCGAGCGCGGCUUGCCUGCCUCUCAGCGUUCAUCUGGCCGCAGCGCAGCCAGCGGGCAUGACCGAUCCACCAGGGGCGCCGCCGCCUGCCCUUGCAGGCCGCGGGUGAAAAACAAAGUCAGUCCCCGCUUCACUCAGAGCGAGAAGGUGGCUCACAGCAGGGAAUUGACCCGGGGAAGGAGAGUGACCCGCAGCAGGAAAGUGACCGGGACCAAGGAGGAAACCCAGGUGGUGGAGGAGGUGACCAAGAUCGAGGAGGCGACCCAGACCGAGGACGUGACCGUGGCCGAAGAGGUGACCCAGACCGAGGACAUGGCCCAGACUGAGGAAUUGGUCGACACGGAGGAAACGGAAACAGCCGUGCUCAGCGUGACCGUCACACACAGCAAUGAGAGGUAUGACCUUCUUGUUACCCCACAGCAGGGCAAUAGUGAACCAAUUGUCCAAGACCUAGCUCAGCUUGUUGAAGAGGCCACAGGGGUUCCGAUACCUUUUCAGAAGCUCAUCUUUAAGGGAAAAUCUCUGAAAGAAAUGGACAUACCAUUGUCAGCACUUGGAAUACAAGAUGGUUGCCGAGUCAUGUUAAUUGGGGAAAAGAGCAAUCCAGAGGAAGAGGUUGAGUUAAAGAAGCUGAAAGAUUUGGAAGUAUCUGUACAGAAGACAGCUAACCACCUGGAAGAGUUGAAUAAAGAGCUUUCUGGCAUCCAGCAGGGUUUUCUGGCUAAGGAAUUACAAGCAGAGGCUCUCUGCAAACUUGAUAGGAAAGUAAAGGCCACAAUUGAGCAGUUCAUGAAGAUCUUGGAAGAGAUUGACACAAUGGUCCUACCAGAAAAUUUUAAAGACAGCAGGCUAAAAAGGAAGAAUUUGGUAAAAAAGGUUCAGGUGUUCCUAGCUGAGUGUGACACGGUGGAGCAAUACAUCUGCCAAGAGACAGAGCGGCUGCAGUCCACGAACUUGGCCCUUGCUGAAUGAAGCGUGGUGGGGAGCACCUGUGCUGGCCUCAAGAGCAGCUUCCCAGCUCUGCCCUCUCUGGAACAGAAGCUGCUUGUUCCUCCAGGGCUGCCAGAGGCAACUGGCCAAAUACCAGUUUCCCUGCUCCUCUCUCGGUUCUCAAUGAAAAAGCACUGCCUUUGCGCCCUGAA